UGGUGUAGAAAGCCGUCUUCAGAAUAUGCCUUGUCUCCAUGGUAACGGACCUCAGGCAGACCCAGGAAAACAUCCACUCUAGUCCAACCUACCUGAUCCUGGACUGUACUGAAGAGGAUUUUGACACAAAUGCACACAAUGAAUCAUUCUUAAAAAUAUUAGCACUGUUCUGUUAUUACUCAAAAGGUCUAAAAUAGUGCUCUUUUAGAAGUUUCUACUCUUUUGGGUUCACAAUGCAAAGAACUUUGUAUUCUCUCUAAAUGGUACCCUAAAACAAGGAGGAAAACUUUAUUAAAAAGUUGGCUUUUCCUUGAUCAUUAUGUCGGGGAUAUAUUCAUUUGCAAUCAAGGCUUCUUAAACUGGGCAGCACCAGUCCCAUACUGGUCUGAAACCAGGACCAGGAUGCACCAGCUGUUCAGCCAGGUGCUGGACCAGAGGGAUCUGUCCAGAGCAGGGGACCUGUUUUCUCUGGAGGACACAGAGAUUGAAGCCUGUCUGUCUCAGGCUCUGGACCAGAUCAAGGCCAUCUCCUGCUCACAGGACUAUUUGACCAAUGACAACGACCAGGCAGUGGUGGAGAUUUGCAUAACGCGCGUCACCACGGCGAUCAGGGAGACGGGCUCCAUCGAGCGCCACAGCAUGGCGCUGGUGGGGCUGUGGGAGUCGUGUCUCGAACAUAACCUCACCCCGCAAGGUGAAAACACAGAGGACACACCACAUACCAAGAUCGCCUCGGACAUCACCAGCUGUAUCCUGCAGAACUACAGCUGUCCCUCGGUCAUGGUGCUGGCCGUCCCGGUGGCGGUGCGGUUCCUGCAGAGUGGGAACCGGGAGCUGAGCAGGAACAUGUCCAGUUAUCUCUCCCUGGCUGCGAUCGCCAAGGCUGAUCUGCUGGCUGAGCACACGGAGGCCAUCGCGCUCAGUGUGCUGGGAGGUAACCACAUGCUGUUACGAGUGUUGCCCUCGGUCUACCCCAGACAACCAGAUACCAUCCACUGUCACCUAGGCAACCUCACUGCGAUGAUGUCACAGAUGGAGUCCCCAGAGCAACAACACCUAAUCCGACUCAUUCAAAUUGUUGCGGAGCAACAUCCACUGAUGUUGAGCCCUCAGGUGCCCGCGCUCGUCGGUUACCUAGGAGACCAAUCCCAGACUGAGGCCCUGCUGGGCGCGCUCGUGGACGUGUCACAGGCCAGCCCUUCUUCACUGGUCAGCUUUCUGCCAACGCUGAGGAUUGUGGGACAACAAAGCCCUGCUCUCUUGGGGCACGUGGCCAAAAUCCACGGUGCCGUGGGCAUCAUCAGUGAGACUCAUGCCCGCAGCGUGUUGGUCUACCUGGUGUCCUGUCUGGGCAGCAUGGACCACAGCUUUCACCACACACUGCUGCUGCAGAUCAGAGCUCUCACCGACCGCUACCCGUCUGUACUGGGAGGCUGCGGCAAAGACAUCUACAGGAUGAGCAACUCGUUCACGGCGAUAGCCCGACUGCUGGGGAGACGGCUGGAGGAGAGCACGGCCGCGCUCUGCAGGGCGGAUGAGGCGUGCCCGCCGUCUCCUCGUGCAUCUCUUCCAGGGGGAGGAGGGGGAAGUCGGGGGUCAGAGCAGCGGCUGCAGGUGAAGAUCCAGGCCUUUGAGGAGAAGAUGGGGGAGGAGAGGGGAGAGGAGGGGGAGGUGGAGGAGGACUCUCCCGCCCCCCAACGACGCUACAGCCUGAGCCAAGCAGUCAGGGAGGAGAGACGAGAAAUGCGCUUCAACAGGUCCAAGAGCCUGGCCCUCCACGCCGCGCGCUCGCGCUCCAUCAACUCGGACACCGGGGAGGACGGUGAGGGCUCGGAGCCGAACCCGGACAACACCUUCUCCAACACAAUGGUGAUUUCGCAGCACCAGGAAGCGCCGCUUGUCGAGAGGAAACUGAAGGGCGACGCCUCGAUGCCUGUCCCAGCUGCCCUGGACGGAGCGGCCAAAGAGGCCGAAGGAGGUGAAAGCAGAGGGAAGGAGGUGCACGAGGACGCGGACAGACUCUACGUCCAUUUAAGAGACAAUAUAGAGGCCAUCAGAGAGUUCUGUCGAGACAUGGUGCAGCAGAUCCCCAUCCCAGAGCAGUGUGCAAUAGAAGAUUCAAAUCGAGGAUGUGUGGCCAAGAUGUCGUUCUCCUGUCCUCUGAAGGGCCACUACUGUCUGUACGCCAAGUCCUGCUUCAACCUGACCAGCCGACAGCCUCACCUUUGGAUACACAUCAUGCUGCUACAUCUACAGAGUAAGUCCAGAGUCGCUCUGUGCUCCAAGGAUGAGUGUGUCCAGAGGCUCGCCGCCCUUUGGGAGAAGACGCAGCUAAAAGGAGCUCACAGCUUCCCCAUGGCUAUGACACAGAACACCACUCCACACAGGAAGGAACUGGACCGUCUCCAGACUCAGCUGGAGGAGGUGCGCUUCUUUGAUCUGUUUGGCUACAGUGAGGAAGAGGGAGGGUGGCUUUGCUUCAUGUGUAACAAUCCUGAGAAGGCCACAGUUGUGAACCAGGAGGGACAGCCUCUGAUCGAGGGGAAGCUAAAGGAGAAGCAGGUCCGCUGGAAGUUCAUCAAGCGCUGGAAAACCCGUUACUUCACCCUGGCAGGAAACCAGCUCCUCUUCCGGAGAGGCAAAUCAAAAGAUGAGCUGGAUGACAUCCCUAUUGAGCUGAGCAAAGUGCAAAGUGUCAAGGUGGUAGCCAGGAAGCGGCGUGAUCGGGGCCUGCCACGGGCCUUUGAGAUCUUCACGGACAGUAAGACGUAUGUGCUGAAAGCUGAGGACGAGAAGCACGCUGAGGAGUGGCUGCAGUGCAUCAACGUGGCCGUGGCUCAGGCCAGAGAGAGGGAGAACCGAGAGGCUACCACCUACCUGUGAGAGCUUCACUUCUGAGGACACAGACAGUACAUGACUGUUGACACACACAGACAUACCUACUGAGUAAUAUUUUGUUUUGCUGUAGACAAAAACGUUCACUGCCACGACUAUAACUUUGUAUCUGGGAUAGGUGGUCAAAUUGACUUUUUAUUCAGUACUUUUAGAAAUAAAAUGUUAUAUUAGCCAGCAAUGAUGUGUAUCCAACCAGAAUGAAGGGUGUCACUGUCCCUCGCUGUUACACAUGGACUCACUGACACAUUUACAUCUUACAUUAAUGUUACGGUACAUAAGUGUUAAAGUUUGAAGUUGCACAUGAUCUUAACCUGACUGGAUCUCACGGUAUGGACAUUUCAAUUUCCUCAGCUUGAGACCAAACACUACCACGAGCUUCAACAACCAAACUAAAUCAGCAUCUGUGGAAACAUGGGACUUGUGAGUUUAAUGAUGCGUGAUGAUUGAGAUGUAUUUGAGGCCAGAGUAGUAUUUAGCAAUAAAGACUUCGUAGAAGCAAAGACCUCAUUAGGACUUGAAGCAAUAAUGAAACUGAAGAGGUUUUCUUGAAAGCAGGAAUGAGCCUAAUAGACAGCAGUGGCAAGGGCACUUAAUACUGGAUUAAUGUCUUUGUCUGUGUGUGUGUGUGUGUGUGUGUGUGUGUGUGUGUCAGAAGACAGUUAGCUUAGCUUAGCAUAAAGAGCUAGUGUGCAGCUAGUGAAACAGCUAGUGUGGCUCUGUCCCCAAAUCACUCUGAAUCCUUUAAACCUUUAAAGCUAGUCAACAACUCAUAUUUUGUUAAAUCAUUUUUUUCCUGGAUUCUCAGGCUGUUAGCUGGCAACUAAAAUCCCAACUUCUUCACCUAUAGACAGAAAGUCUUCCCCAUUUCUAGGGUUUGUGCUAAGCUAAGCUAAACAGCUUGCUAGCUUCAUAUUUACUGUACGGACAAGAAGAUUUCCCAACAUUUGGAACUAUUCUUUUAAUUUACAUGUUUUUUUUGUGGAAUAUGGAUGUACACAGUUGACCCAAAUAUUUUGUACAAUGUUUUUUUGUUUUGUUUUUGCAUUUUUGAUUCAUACUGUAAUUUUACAAACACAACUUUCUUUUCCCCUCAAAGUCAGCAGACAACUGCUCAAGUGGAGUUAUUUAGAAACCUCAAACGUUCCCUCCGACAAAUAAGAGCACCUUGUUUGAAGAAAGCCUUUCGACCCUAUUUACUGUUUCUGCUCUUCUACGUAAUUUACUCAUGAAGCAAACCCCCAAAGAGUUAUUGCAAUAGUCAUAUUUCUGCUCUUUUGCAAUCGAGAUUCUCCAUGGACUGAGUUAUUUUUGGCAAGAGAAAUCUGCAACUAUUCCCUGCAUGUUUUACACGGAACAGUGUCAGCUCAACUGUUGCUCAACACACUUGUAGAAAAACAUUGAAGUAAACUUGUGGUUUCCCCUUGGAUUUAGAAACUGUGCCAGUUCAGUCGUAUUGAUUCAAUUUCCACUGACAAUUCAGUAAAUGGUUUUGACAGCAAGAGGCUGUGGUGAAUCUCAUCAUUUUAAAACUGUCUCUUUCCAAAUGUUAGAAAUUAAACGCUUGUGUGUUUUGUCAUCCUGUGUUGAAGCUGUGAGAUUAUGAGCACCUACUGAUAACAUUUGAGCUCAAGUUCGGAAAGGUCACGGCAUGUGGCGGUACUCUUCUGAAAGCACUAUAACUCCCUUGUGUUGACAAAAGUGAUCAGCAUGGCUCAGUUCGACACCUUUCGAAACAAAACUCCUCGUGACACGUCUUUAAGCUCUGAACUGCCUGCACCAGACAAACGUCCACGGUCGUCCCAAUUAUUAUGCGUGAUGUCUGAUUUGAUCGUUACGUGGAUCCACGCCCGUGACGUGUGUCUGCCCACUGGUGGAAGCAUCAUCUGUUCUUUGAUAACGGAUGUGUUUGCUUUUGGUUUAAAUAUAUAGAAUCCGAUAUUUGAUAUAUCUCUGCCUACGGUGGUAUUAAUCUUAACUUGUGUGAUAGACAAGCACAUUGUCUUCGGUCUCACUCUGUCCUACAGCUGUAACCCUGUUAGCUACAUGUAGCCAUAACAUUGCCUUUCCCACCGGUUCAGGUUACCACUGUUUGUACUUGUUGCUGUCUCUGUGCCCCCCCCCCCCCCACCCUCCCCCCCAGGAGAGGGUAACCAUAUUUUCAAACCCCCAAACCCGGGACCCUUAAGUGUGUUGCACGUGUGCACACAUUUAUGUGCUUUUACACGCACCUAUAGGUGUUUUCAUAAGGAAAUGGGACAAUUAUUUCAGCGCUGAGCACACAUACAUAAGAGUUUAUUUUAAAACUGGACAAUAAGACAACACAAAAUGCAAGGAUUGCAUGAACGUGCCAUAUAAUUAUUAAAUGCCAGACACCUGUUAAAACUAAACACAAUUGUCAGUGUGCACAAGCGCUGACUGCCAGCUAAAUGUCUGACUGUGAGCAAGUCUCUGCUAGCUAUUGUAUAUUGCAUUUUGAUAGUCUUAAAAUUAUCUUUUAUAUUGGCACUUCCACCACGCUGGACCAAAAAAAGUACUUAUCCACUAUCAUUUGUCCCAAAGCAAACAAACGUAUGUCAGGUUUAGCGCCUCAGGAGAAAUAGUUGGCUGUCAGAUGUUAUCAUGCACAGAUUUAGUUACGCAAUGGAUUAGGUACACUUUCUGGAAUUUGUCUUGUGGAAACGUACCUGUCUGGGCAGUUCAGCUUGCACAGUAACUAUACUACACAGAUAUUACUUCACCGUAGUUGCAACCAAAUGUUAAAUUCCCCUGCCACUGUGAAGUGAAGUUCUCUACCCUUCGCUUUAAAUGUACCACAAUGCUGACUUUACCCUCCCUCUUCAGUUGCAUAGUGUUGAAUUAUAUGUGUCUGAUCAUAUGAAUGUGAAGUAAUAAUGGGAAUGCUCCCCUGACCUAGUUUCCAAGCCUCGGGGGGGGGGGCAAAAGUUACAGUCAAAAUGAUCAUUUGACCGUUCACUAAGUCACCCCCUCCCCCCAAAUGCAGACCGCCCAAUCACGGCGCAGCAUCGGGCAGCUCCAACCAGGGUCCUAUCCUGUUCUACUGCAUAGAACAUUUGAGAUUUUCUUCAUUUUCAGGCUGGUCUUGUGGGUCGUGGUUACACGUUGUACCAGGGACACUUGUUAUAGUCCUUACCCAUUAGAUAAUAGUUGUGCUGCAGUUAGUGGCAGUGUGGGCUCCAUGGUUGCUCCAACAGCUUGACGGGGUAGCGGGGUCGAGGCUUAGAGAAGAGUAGAUUAAAUGUCAGCUACUUUCCUUUUAUUGAAAUACAUUUGUAGGCAGCUGUGUAAAUAGACUGCAAAUACAUAGUGUAGCAUAUCUAUCUAUCUAUCUAUCUAUCUAUCUAUCUAUCUAUCUAUCUAUCUA